AAAAGAUUUAAAUUAAUUUUUAGAGAAUGGUAACUAUAACAAUUAAAUAAAGGCUGACGCUAAAGAAUAACCAGUCCAAUAAUCAAAAGGUAAAAAGGGAAAGAAAACUGGAGAAGAAACAACAUAAUAGGUAGUAGCUACAUUAGGACCAAAUGUGGCAGGAAAUGAAUUAGUAUUUGGAGUAGCACAUAUAUUGUCUACAUGGAAUGAUACUUUUAUACAUAUAACAGAUUUGACAGGUAGAGAAACAUUAGCAAGAGUGACUGGUGGAAUGAAAGUAAAAUCAGAUAGAGAAGAAUCAUCACCAUAUGCAGCAAUGCAAGCAGCUAAAGAUGUUUAUGAAAAGUUGAAAACACUUAAAAUUAAUGCUUUACAUAUUAAAUUAAGAGCUAGAGGAGGUAUAUAAUGAUGUUUAAUAUUAUAUAGGUGUUGAUACAAGACAACCAGGACCAGGUGCUUAAGCAGCUUUAAGAGCAUUGGCUCGUCUAGGACUUAAAAUUGGUAGAAUUGAAGAUGUUACUCCUAUUCCUACUGAUUCUACUAGAAGACCUGGAGGUAGAAGAGGAAGAAGAUUAUGAUAAAGUAAAAUAAACACAUAUACAGUAU